AUGGCCUCCCAGAAAGUACCCCUGGCCUCCUUGGCCGAAAGUACCCCAUGGCCUCCUAGAAAGUACCCUCCUAGAAAGUGGCCUCCUAGAAAAAAGUACCCCAUGGCCUCCUCGAAAGAACCCCAUGGCCUCCUCGAAAGUACCCCAUGGCCUCCCGACCCAUGGCCUCAAAGUACCCCAUGGCCUCCUAGAAAGUACCCCAUUGGCCUCCUAGAAAGUACCCAUGGCCUCCUAGAAAGUACCCCUGGCCUCCUAGAAGUACCCCAUGGCCUCCUAGAAAGUACCCCAUGGCCUCCUAGAAAAAAGUACCCCCAUGGCCUCCUAAAACCCCAGGCCUCCUUACCCCAUGGCCUCCUAGAAGUACCCCAUGGCCUCCUAGAAAGUACCCCAUGGCCUCCUAGAAACCCCAUGGCCUCCCAGAAACCCCAUGGCCUCCCAGAAAGUACCCCAUGGCCUCCCAGAAAGUACCCCAUGGCCUCCCUGAGAAAGUACCCAAUGGCCUCCUAG